AUGGAGGCAACCACCCAGGAGCGCCCCGCGCCGCCGCCGCCGUCGCCGUCGUCGGUGCAGAUGCAGCUGCCGCACGCGGCCGCCGACCCGUCCAACCCUUUCCCGACCACCUUCGUGCAGGCCGACACCACCUCCUUCAAGCAGGUCGUGCAGAUCCUCACCGGCACCCCGGAGACCGCGGCCGCGGCGGCGGCGGGGGGCGCGGCGGGCGCGCCGGCAGCUAAGCCGGCCCCCACGCCGACCGGGCCCAAGAAGCCGGCCUUCAAGCUCUACGAGCGGCGCGGCAGCAUGAAGAGCCUGAAGAUGCUCUGCCCGCUCCUCCCCGCCGCCUUCGCCGCCGGCGGCUCCGGUGGCUGCAGCGGGUUCUCCCCGCGGGGGUUCUCGCCGCGCGGGCUGGAGGUGCUGUCGCCCAGCAUGCUGGACUUCCCGUCGCUGGCGCUGGGGAGCCCCGUGACGCCGCUCCCGCCGCUGCCGGGGUCGCGGGAGGCAGCCGCGGCCGAGGACCGCGCCAUCGCCGAGAAGGGGUUCUACCUCCACCCCUCGCCGCGCGGCAAUGCCAGCGGCCGCGGCGACCUGACGCCGCCGCCCAGGCUGCUCCCGCUCUUCCCCUUGCAGUCGCCCACCCGGCAGUGA